AUGGAUGAUGAAGUUGCUGCUCUCGUUAUUGACAACGGAUCCGGUAUGUGCAAAGCUGGUUUUGCCGGUGAUGAUGCACCUAGGGCUGUAUUCCCAUCUAUUGUCGGCCGUCCCCGACAUCAGGGUGUGAUGGUUGGUAUGGGACAGAAAGACAGUUAUGUCGGUGAUGAAGCUCAGAGCAAGAGAGGUAUCCUUACCUUGAAGUAUCCUAUUGAACAUGGUAUUGUCACAAAUUGGGAUGACAUGGAGAAAAUCUGGCAUCAUACUUUCUACAAUGAAUUGAGAGUUGCUCCUGAAGAGCAUCCAGUUCUGUUAACAGAGGCUCCUCUUAAUCCCAAGGCCAACAGAGAAAAGAUGACUCAAAUCAUGUUCGAAACUUUCAACACCCCUGCUAUGUAUGUGGCCAUCCAAGCUGUCUUGUCCCUGUAUGCUUCCGGUCGUACCACUGGUAUUGUCAUGGAUUCUGGUGAUGGUGUCACUCACACUGUCCCCAUCUACGAAGGUUACGCCCUUCCCCAUGCUAUCCUCCGUUUGGAUUUGGCUGGUCGCGAUUUGACCGACUACCUAAUGAAGAUCUUGACCGAACGUGGUUACUCUUUCACAACCACUGCCGAAAGGGAAAUUGUCCGUGACAUCAAAGAGAAACUUUGCUAUGUGGCUCUAGACUUCGACCAGGAAAUGCAAACAGCUGCUUCUUCCUCUUCAUUGGAGAAGAGCUACGAAUUGCCCGACGGUCAAGUAAUCACCAUUGGCAACGAGAGGUUCCGUGCCCCUGAGGCUAUGUUCCAGCCAUCCUUCCUUGGUAUGGAAUCUGCUGGCAUCCAUGAAACCACUUACAAUUCUAUCAUGAAGUGCGAUGUCGACAUCAGGAAAGAUCUGUAUGCAAACACAGUGCUGUCUGGAGGUUCAACUAUGUUCCCAGGUAUUGCUGACCGUAUGCAGAAGGAGAUCUCUGCCCUGGCCCCAGCCACCAUGAAAAUUAAGAUCAUUGCUCCACCAGAGAGGAAAUACUCUGUAUGGAUCGGUGGUUCUAUCUUAGCUUCUCUUUCCACCUUCCAACAAAUGUGGAUUAGCAAGCAAGAAUAUGACGAAUCUGGACCUUCUAUCGUCCAUAGGAAGUGCUUCUAA